AUGGAGCAGCAGAACCUCACCAGUACAGUGACUGAAUUUGUUCUCUUGGGCCUCACUCAGAAUCAGCAACUGAAGUAUUUUCUCUUCAUGGUCUUCUUCAUAGUCUAUGUGACCACCUGGCUGGGAAACUUCACCAUCAUCAUCACGGUGAUCGCCGACCACCAACUCCACACCCCCAUGUACUUCCUGCUGGCCAACCUGGCUUUUAUAGAUGUCAGCGACUCCUCAGUCAAUGCUCCCCACCUGCUUUCAGGUCUCCUCUCCCAGCAUAAAACAGUCUCCUUUGAGGAGUGCAUCCUCCAGAUGUUCUUCUUCCACUUCAUCGGGGGUGCAAUGGUGUUUUUUCUUGUGGGGAUGGCCAUUGAUCGGUACGUGGCCAUCUAUAAACCACUGAGAUAUUUGAUUAUCAUGAACCGUGGCAUGUGCACGGGGCUAGUGGUACUGGCAUGGCUGGGUGGAUUGGCUCACUCUGCUAUUCAGAUUGGACUUCUCCUCCAGUUACCGUUCUGUGGGCCUAACAUCCUGGACAAUUUUUACUGUGAUGUCCCACAAGUCAUCAAACUGGCCUGCACCGACACCUACUUGGUUGAACUGCAGAUGGUCUUCAAUGGUGGAGUGAUCCUCAUCAUACUAUUUAUCAGUCUGCUGAUUUCCUACACCAUCAUAUUAAUCAAGAUCAGGACACAUAUCACGGAAGGAAAACACAAGGCUUUGUCCACCUGUGGAGCCCAGAUCUUGGUUGUGAGCUUAAUAUUCAUUCCUAGCAUCUUCAUCUACGCUCGACCCUUCCGGAAAUUCCCCAUGGACAAGUUGGCCUCAGUCUUUUUCACUCUAAUCACCCCAAUGAUGAAUGCAAUGAUCUACACCCUGAGAAAUGCAGAGAUGAAAAUGGCCAUCAAGAGGCUGAUGAGCAGAAUGCUGUUGUCAUGGAUGAAACGAAGGACAUCGAUGAAGCAGAAAAACCUCACUACCACAGUGACAGAAUUUAUCCUCUUGGGCCUCACCCAAAGUCCUGAGCUGCAGCGAUUCCUCUUCAUCAUCUUCUCCAUAGUCUACCUGACAACCUGGCUGGGAAACUUCACCAUCAUCAUCACUGUGAUCACCGAGCACCAUCUCCACACCCCCAUGUACUUCCUGCUGGCCAACUUGGCUUUCUUGGAUGUUAGCGACUCAUCAGUAAAUGCUCCAAAAUUUCUGGCAGGUCUCCUCAGCCAGCGUAAAACCAUCUCAUUCAAUGAGUGCUUCCUGCAGAUGUUCUUCUUCCACUUCAUCGCCGGAGCAAUGUCAUUUUGCCUUGUGGGGAUGGCAGUCGAUCGGUACGUGGCCAUCUAUAAACCUCUGAGGUACUUGACAAUCAUGAACCCUGGUGUGCUCAUGGGGAUAGUGGUACUGGCAUGGCUGGGUGGAUUGGCUCACUCUGCUGUUCAGAUUGGACUGCUCCUCCAAUUACCAUUCUGUGGGCCAAAUGUCCUGGACAAUUUCUACUGUGAUGUUCCACAGGUCAUUAAACUGGCUUGUACCGAGACUCACCUGGUCGAACUGCAGAUGGUCUUCAAUGGUGGAGUGCUACUUGUAAUGAUAUUCAUCAUUCUGCUUAUUUCCUAUGCUAUCAUCUUAGUCAAGAUAAGGACAUACCUCACAGAAAGGAAACACAAGGUUCUGUCGACCUGUGGAACCCAGAUUACCGUGGUGUGUUUAAUAUUCACGUCCUGUAUCUUCAUCUAUGCUCGACCCUUCCAGAAGUUCACCCUGGACAAGGUGGUCUCAGUCAUUUACACUGUAAUCACCCCAGCGCUGAACCCGAUGAUCUACACGCUGAGGAAUGCUGAGAUGAAGAAGGCCAUCAGGAGACUGAUGAGGAGAGUGCUGUGCUCAAGGAGGGAAAUAAAUAUAUAA